UUGUUUAGGUUCAACAAAUCAUAUUAAAUUUGAUGUAAUUUACAAAAUAACAAGGAAGUAAAAAAAAACUGAAUCUACUAUGCAGGGGGAAAAGGAAACUCCAUCUCGCAAUAGGUUAAAUCCUGUAAAAAGAUGGCUUCGUAAUGAAGAAAUAUCUAUAAUCAACUUUAUAAAAAAACAUCCUGAUUUUGAGAAACCAACUGCACAAAUGUAUUACAACAAAUUUCUAUUUGAUACUGGUAUAGAUGCUAAUUGGAAACUUGUACGUGCUAAAGUACGUAAUAUGCGUGUAGCAUAUCGAAAAACCAAGGAAUAUGGAAUAAAUAAAAAAUAUUUUAGUGAUUGUGAUGCUGAAGCUAUGCGAAAUAAAUUAUUAAAAAUCUGUUGGUAUGUGGAUGAUUUCGACGUUCUUUUUCCAAAUGAAAUGGACAGUCAUAUUGAAAACAAACCAGAAGAUCCCAACUUUGAUGAUGAAUUUUCAAACCAGAAAUCAAUUUCUCAUAUCAAUUAUCCAAGUAUUAUGAUUAAUGAACAAUAUCCACUAGAUGAUGAAAUAACAUCGAGUUCAUCCUCUAAGAGCAUAAAUGGAGAUAUAUUGGCAGUGCAGACGGAUAUGUUUAAAUUGAAACAACAAAAAUAUGAUAAUGUCACAAGCAUAAAACAACAACAACUUGAUCUGCUUAAAUUGAAACAACAAUACCAUGAUAAAGUCACAAGCAUAAAACAACAAGAACUUGAUCUGGCCAGGGAAAAGUUCAAUUUUGAAAAAGAGAAAUUUCGCCAAGAAUUUGUAUUAAAAGAGAAAGAGAUUGAAAGUCAGGAGAGACUAAAGUUGAUGGAAUUGCAAAUGAAAGAGAGAAUAGCGAUGAAAGAGUUAGAGCUUAAGGAGAAACUAGCCCUACAAUCAGAGGAAAAACUAGAAACUUCUUAUAAUAAUGUACAUAUAUUAUAAAAUGACAUAAUACUUUAUAAUUUAAAAAGAUAUUUAAUUAAUACCUUGUUUAAAUUUAAAAAUUGUUUAUGAAUAAGGCCUUUAUAAUUAUCUUUGUUAUAUUAAUUCAUCAAUCUUUUCCAAGAAUUCUCUAUUUUCCGGCUUUAAGGUCAUUUAUUCGUAAUAAAUUAAAUAAAAGAUUAUUUA